AAAAAAAAGUGUCGCGGCUCGCGUGUGUGGUAUCGUUUUGCAUUUUGAAUUCGUAGCUUGAUUUUAUUUUUUUUCGGCGGUGGUUUGCCAACAGAGUGCGAUAGUGGAAUAAUAUGUGCGGAAAAGUGAUGACUGCGGUUUGGUGGUCGCUGGCUGUGAUACUGCAGCUGUCGAUUAUCCAAUUAGGUCAAGCGCAGCGAAUAAUUGGUGAUCGUGUGUACCAGCCCAAGAUCGCCGAUCUGUACAUUACGGUGAAUGCGCGCCACCGGAUGCUGGAGUUGACCUGGAGGAAUUUCAACGACCCUACCGGGUUCAUUGUGUUAACGCAAGAUUAUCCUAUUAAAGAGUUUCAACAGAAGCUAUUCUAUUCUACGUACGACGAUCUACAGGCAAUGGGCCAGGAAAGUACACCCAGAAGCAAUGAUUUCGGUGGCGAAGGAAGUGGAGACGUUGAGGGUGAAGAAUCAUUGACGACGAUGACGACGACGGAGCAAUCGGUAAUUUCGACCACCCCGAUGGUGGAGAUGGCAUGGGAGUACGACUUCCGCGAUGAGUACGGAGAACGGAAGCGGGAGGUUCUGGUUUCCAUCCAACCGAUGUACACGAACGGGUGGACUACGACCGACAUAUUCUACAACCGCGAGUGGCUGGACCAGGCGGACAUUACGACGAGCUGUCACGGGUACUAUGCAUACUUCAUCAACGCAAAUGGCACCAUUCUGUCUGAGCACUGCAUGAAGCUGUACCCCACCUGGAUGAACGAUUUGCGGCCGCACGUGGGCCAAUUCCGCAUGAGGGAACUGUUCAUACCGGGAACGCACGAUUCCGCGUCGUACAAGAAGAAUGCCUACUACCAGGAGAACAUCGUUACCAAGUAUUCGCUGACGCAGGACGAUGACAUCCGGAAACAGCUGCUGCAGGGUGUUCGAUACAUUGAUCUGCGGGUUGGCUACUACCAGGUAUCGAAUCCGCAAUUUUGGGCAAAUCAUGGAAUUACGCGGCUGCAUCCCUUGAAGCAGAUACUGCAGCAGAUUCGAGAUUAUGCCCUGGAAACGAAUGAGAUUAUCAUUGUGGACGUGCAGGAGUUCCCGGUGGGAUUCGGGAAACAGUACGACGUUCAUGACAAGUUGAUCAGGUUCUUGAAUGAAACCCUCCAUGACGUAAUGGCAGAUCCGUCGAUUAGCUGGUACGGACGCCUAUCGGACAUCUGGGCCAGGAACAAAACGGUGAUCCUGUGCUACGAUCACGAGUACGCCAUGAGGUCCUAUGCGGAUGUGGUUUGGCGUUCGGCUGAGCAGAAGUGGGGUGACGUUCAGAGUAUGGAAGAGCUUAAAUCCUUCCUAUUCAAGGUGCACACGAGACACUUUUUCGGGUACACUAACCGUCCGGUAGCCGAUAUGGCAGAACUUACGCCGGAUCCGUGGGGAAUCAUCACCGAUCGCUACGGAGGCCUCCGGAAGAUGGCCGAUUCCGUCAAUCGGUCCGUAACCAAGUGGUACUUUGAAGAACUGGGCCCGACGGCGAACAUAGUUGCCGUGGAUUUCAUCCGGGGAACCAGCAUCGUCGAUGCCGCCAUCUAUUGGAACCAGAAGAGGGUUCCCGGCCGUGUUCAAUAAAGUGGAUUUUAUUUUCUCUA